UAAAAAUAUCAUGACAUUGUUUGCUCGUUUUGCUCGGAUUCAAGUUGGUUCUAAAGUAAUAACACAGUUACUUUAUCGUCAUGCAAUUUUUUGUGCUUCACACAAGGCUUUAGUAAUUGUUCUAGCCUUCUUUAUAUUCUUACCCUUGUGUUACCCCGCCUUCGAUACUUAUUACUUAAACCCCGCGAAAGAUGUCAGUCAUGAGUUCUUCUGGGAAGUACCUUCAUUCAGGUCACAAGUAUUAAAAGAAACCUUUGUUGAAAAAUAUGGCACACAACCUUUAUUUCACAUAGAGCAGGUUGUCAUAAAGAUAGCUAACUCGAAAAUAUACAAUAAUGGAAACGGUGUCGGUGUUUUAGAUAAAGAUAUAUUAUUAUGGACUUCAUGUUUGCAAGGACAAGUUAUGGAUACUGUUGUGACGUAUUCUAAUCAGCCCUCUUCACUUGUUGCCAAAAAAUAUUCCCUUUCAGAUAUAUGUUUCAAACCUUUUGAUACAAAUGCAUGCUUGAUCCAUUCACCACUUGAUUAUUGGUCUAAUAAUGUAGACCAUCUUUCCUCUGAUACUUCUAUUCUUAAAACACUCUCAAAAACAAAUAAAAUCUCCUCUCUUGGAAUGUCUAUUCCUUUAAGUUCUGUCUUUGGAAAUACUAUGUAUGAGAAAAAAAAAAUUAUUAGUGCUGACUCGAUAAUUUUGACUUAUUUUUUGAAAGACACGGGUGAUAACAAUGAAGGUCAGACAAUGGCCAUUUGGGAAGCGAUUUGGCAACAAAUUAUGAACGAUACCGACGCCACUUUUCGACUUAAUGAUGAUCGCACUAUGAAAGUAAAUAUGAGCAAUCAAGGAGAAGUGAAACAUAUAUCUUUUAAUAAUAUGAUCAUUAUAACAAAUGCUGUAACUGUGAUCCCUAAGCAAUUUAAUGUAAAGGAACGCGUCGCAAAAGGUCUUGAAAAUGUUGGGUAUGCUCUUACAAAAGUGCUCAUAAGUUGGCUCUUGUUAUUGCUGAUAUUUGCAGUGACGAGUAUUGAUUCGAUUCGAGAAUUCUGCAUUUUUACUUCGAUUGCUAUGAUUAUCGAUUAUAUGCUACAAAUGUCGUUUUUCAUAGCAGUUUUAUCCAUCGAUCUUGAAAGAUUGGAACUAGAGAUAUGCACUUAUCGUCCGGACGAUAACAUAAAUAGAAAUACUAUUCCGCUUUUAGAAACAGCAAAUUAUAGCAGAAGGAUUGGUUUUUCAUUGAUGGUCCUUAUCUUCUUGGUAGCAGUGACAAAUAUUUAUAAUACAGAUAUUGAAUUCACAGAUAUUGAAUUCACAAAUAUUGAAUUUACCAAUUUUGAAUGGACAUCAUUUAAGUCUGCAUUGAGCAGUUUGAUUGAUAAUUCUAUGAUUUUUCUUUUUACGCAUUCAAACAUUACUUUCUGGGAAACAUUAAUAGAUAAUACUGCUGACGAAUUUUGGAGCACUGUUAAUCCGGAUAAUGAUCAAUUUAUCGAGGUUCUGCCUACUAGAUAUUUAACUUUGUCUUUUGACAUUGAACAAGAUUAUAUAUCUCGUCCACUCGGUGGUGAUGUAAAUUUGAAAUCAAGAAUAAGAACAUAUAUAAAAUCUUUUGUUUGGUUUCUCAAAGUCAUCAUAUUUCCUGUUAUUGGUGUAGCAUUUACCAUAUUUGCUCUUAUAGGUUUCUUAUCAUCAGAAAAAACAAAUAAUGAUGAAAGUAGAAAUAUAGCUGCGUCUUCACUUUCUGAAAGUUCUGAUUUGUAUGCUACCGCUCCUCAAGUUAUAACUUUACGUGGUUGUCAUUUAGCCGACGUGAAUUUACUUUGCGCGAACUUUAAUGGCAUUAUAAUUACAAGUUCUGCCGAUAAACAUAUUACGUCGUGGAACGGAAUGAAAGGUACAGCAUUAAGAAAACUUGAAAGAUAUAUGCGUCGAUGUGCAACUUGUAAAUGUGAUAGUAGUGGAGGAGAGAAAAAUUGUAUUUCUUGGCCGGUUAGAGCAAUGUGUAUGAGUGACAAGAUCGAACUUGCUGCAGCUGGUUUUGAAGAUGGAGUGAUACGAGUAUGGGACAUAAAUUCAGGGCAAGUUACUCAUAUCUUGAAAGACACCGUUGAAGACGUCGAACAAAUAAUGUCAGCAAUUAAUAAUGAUAAUUCAGUAAAAGAACGAGUCACGUGUUUACAAAUUGUAGUAUCAACUUUAAACUCUUAUAAUAACACGUCUAAACCAUUAUCUGAUCAAAAACACCUUGCCAUGCUUUUGGCAACCUACCGAAAUGGUUAUUUUCGAGAGUGGGAUAUUAUUUCUGGUCAAAUUUCCCAUACAGUUUUCACAAAUCAAAAGGGUGGUAUCACUUAUCUUUUUGUAAUUGAUGAUAAAAAUGAAAUUCGUAUUUUUACUGGAGCACGAGACGGAUCUGUCAAAUGUUGGGUUCGUAAAGUUUAUUUAGACGAUGAACCUAAUAGUACAGAUUCAAAUUGUAAUGGAUCACGUGAUGACAUGUGGAAAUUGCUAUACACGUUACCAGGGGAAUUUGGAAAUGCAAUUACUAAUGUAAGUGCUAAAGCUAUCAAAAUCAAUAGGGGCUGUUUUGGUAUUGUAGUUACUGGAACUGCAGAUGGGGAGGUUAGAGCAUAUGAUUACUCCACAGGCCAAUAUAUAGAAACAUUAAGCUAUGGAACUUUAAAAAAACAGAAACUCGCAAAAGAACGUAAGGAGCAAUUAUUUUUGCAACCAAAACAGAAACAAUUUUCAGAAGAGGAUUGGUUUGAAGAAGAUAACGAUGAGUUUGAGUCUUGGGAUGAUACAGAAGAUUUCGUUUCACACCAGGAUUCAAUUACAAGUAUUAUAAUUCAUCCAUUUAAAGAAGAAAGUUGUCCAUGUGGAGAUAUUGAAGAGACUAGAGGCUUUUCAAUAAUAACAUCGUCAUUAGAUGAAAAAGUGAAUUUUUGGCAAUUAACCAGAAAAUCAUUGGACUGUACGUGCGUGAUACCUCAAAUAGGAAGAUCUACUUUUAAUAAUGUAGAUGCCUCAGAACGACUUCAAAAAGCUUUUAUUGGGCAUGUGAAGCAACCUGGUGGUUCGGCAGUCAUACUUCUUAAAGGUCAUAUAAUUGGAGUUCGCCGUGUUGAAAAUCCUAAUUUAUCCAUUAAAAAGAGUCAUGGUGCUGAAGGUGAAUGGGAAGUUUGGACUUUGAAUAUUAACGACCCUCACGUGUUCGAACCAAUUGGAGAGGUUUAUAAUUUAGAAGAACAUGAUUAUGUUGAAUUUAAAGUUGAAACCAUUUCAUUGGUCAACGAAAGUGAUUUGAUCAUGGAAGAACAACAACAAAAGAAGAAAGAUAUGUAUAAACAAAAUCACGAAAAUGAAGAGAAUUUAAGAGGGUUUACUAGACGGCGUAAAACUGUUUCUCAUCCUAAUGACCAUAAUGAAAAUCAUUCGCAUGUUCACAGUGAAGAGGAGCAUUUACAAGGUCAAGUUACAGAUUUUAGACAACGAAGUCAGAAGCAACGAGUCUAUCCAAAUAACAGUUACAGUGACCGAACACCAUGGUCAUUUAAAGAUACUGAAAUGAAUGAAAUACUACCAUUUGCUUAUAUACGACAAAUUGUCAAAGUUGGUGAAGAUGGAAUAGCUGUCGCGUAUGGCAAUUUUGCAAAAGUUAUAUUGUUUAAAGAACUGGAACAUGAUCUAUAUCACUGA